GGUGUUUACAUUGACCGCACUCAUGUCAUGUGCCAUUUUGACAGUUCACUCUUUGGUUCAGUGGCGCUGCAUACGAAAAGCGUUCCACACUUUGCGGCUUCCGUACAAUCACAGUCCAGGAAGAGCUGAUAUCUUUCAAUCUUAGAAUCCAAUGCUAAACCCACGACACCCAACUGUGACACCAGCGUGUGAGAAAAUCGGUUGUCAUGGCUAGGGCCACUGUGAUGCUGCUGCUUUCUGUGGACUGACACCAUUAAAAAGGAGCUGCUUCAGUUAUCCUGGCACAUACUCUAUCUGGAAGGAUGAAGCUACGACUGCAUUUUGUGGUGGACCCCAUGGGCUGGUUCUGCAUAAGCAUGGUGCUGUUUGUCUGGCUCUAUAACAGCUUCCUGAUUCCCAAACUGGUGCUGUUGCCACAUUAUGCAGAAGGACACAUACCUGCUGCACUUGUGGUCUUUUACUAUCUAGCAUCACUUCUGUGCAUCUCGGCAUUAUUCAGGGCUUCCACCGCCGACCCCGGAAAACUUGCUCAGGACCCCAAAAUUCUACUCGCAGAGAGAGACAACUGGGAAUUGUGCAAUAAAUGCAACAUGAUGAGGCCAAAGAGGUCACACCACUGCAGCCGCUGUGGCCACUGUGUCCGUCGCAUGGACCACCACUGUCCCUGGAUUAAUAACUGUGUUGGGGAGGAUAACCACUGGCUCUUUUUGCAGCUGUGUUUUUACACUCAGGUUCUGAGUCUUUACACUCUGGUAUUGGACUUCUGCCAGUACUACUACUUCCAGCCCCUGUCCUCGGUGAACCGGGCUGACUUUGCAGUACAUCAUGAGUUGGCUCUUCUACGUGGGUCCUGUUUCAUGGGGCUGAUCAUGUUUGGGGGAAUGAGCAGCCUUUUCUACACACAAGUCAAAGGCAUCCUCGCAGACACAACUACUAUAGAGAAGAUGUCACACUUACUGGAAGACAUUGGACCGCGCCGGUCGUGGCAGCAAGCGAUGGCUGAGGUGUUUGGCACUCGCUGGAAGAUCCUGUGGUUCCUGCCGUUCAGGAGCAGACAGCCUCUAAGGCUCAACUUGACCUCCCGCUCUCGUGUGUAGCCAGACCGACAGAGACACACAUCACUCCAGUGGAGAAGGUCACCCUCUGACAAAGCCUCCUCCCCACCCCUUGUCUUCAGCAAAAUCCUCUCCAAAAUAGCUUGGUAUCUCUACAGGAUGAAACUUUUUCAGGUUCUUCAUUACAACUGCGAAUAAUCUGACACAUGUCUAUUCAUAUAGAAUGAAUACAAUGUCAAAAACAUCGUCUUUUUUCUGUUUUGACUGCACAUGCUGGGUCAGGUUCAUAUUUACUACUGACAUACGAUUACAGGAGAAUAUUUUAUUGUGAGGCUUCAUUGUCUCCAGGCUAAACCUUAUUUGAGAACUCGACCCAGUCCACUCCCCUAGGUCUGGAUCACGUGAGCAGUUUUCAUGCAAGUAGGGACACAAGUGGGCGGAGAUUGUCUGGUUUUAUGGCACUGAAGGUUGAGUGUGAGGUGAGACAUGACCUCUGGAAUGGGUAAAAGAGUGCUGAAGUACACAGACAUACACAAAUAGUUUAUAACUUUCGUUAUCAUGCACAUAAUUACGCAUACCUCACAAAGCACCGCUAAUGCAUCUGCAAUUGAUCACUUUUAUUUUUUGUUUCAUUAUUAAUGUUUUUGUGCCUUUUUAAAAUCCACAAGUAUUUUUUCUUUAUUGCGCAUUUAAUUUUAAAUUGUAAACGUGCUUUUUGAGGAGCUAUUAAAUCAGUGUUAAUACUUUUAUAUUUGAAAAGGUUGCAAUAAUAUUACCUUAUAAGAUGCUUGUGUGGCAGUAAGUGGUCAGGAGUUUGAAAAUUACCAAUAAUAAGAGAAAUCCUAUAGUCGACUACGCCACCCGGAAUACACCGGGACAUAACAGCCCUAAGCAAAAGGGACACAGGUUCUUUGCCAAAGGCAGGGUGAGCAUAAGGAUAGACAGAUAUAAACAAAAAUCACUUUAUUAACAUAAAAUUAAUAAAAACCACAUACAACACUUCACAAGGUCUCAAUCCAUCACACGUCUUUACCAGUAACUUACAAAACAAGUACAACACAAUACGAUAACAAAAUAAAGAGGGAGGUGGCCAGCAAAGACCCUCAGAUUUCUACCCCACACUCACUACCCAUGACACACACACUCGUGAAAAAUAAACAGCACUCCAUGUGGACACGCAGUACAAGGUACCAUGGCCAACCCCUCCCACCUAAAUUCAAGCACCAAACAAUACAAAACAUAAUAUAACAGACGGACCCAGAUGAAUUCCAGAUAGAACUAUAACAGAACAAAACAGUAGAGCAGAGCAGAAGUGCAGUCAGUUACUUGAGGUAAAACAACAAACAAGGUAAUAAGCCUCUCUAUUUAACAGGCAAAAGGGUAUUUAAAAACAGGGACCAACCUGAAAACUGGCCGACAGACAGGAGGAUAACCCAACUGCUAGCACUCAUUCAAAGCGCCACAUGUCACAAAGGGGCGGUACCAAGGGUGAUGCAUCCCAAGCAACCAAACACUUCCCCCUUUUAUAUGCACAACACAGGCACUAAUUGGCUCAUGAAACUUACCCAACUGACCAAUCAUGAUAAAGUACAAACACUGAUAGGUUCACCUGUUUGGGUAACGCCAGCCAAUCAUACUGGGUCUAUACCUCACUCUGCUACACUUGGAAAAAAAGAUCAAAUGUUAUAAAUUAUGUUCACUGAUGUAAAGAUGUAAUUCAGUAAAAAGGGAUGGAUGAAACAUGAUUUAUCCUGUUAAUUAUUUUUGCCCAGAUUUUACUGAAGGUUAUUUAUUGUACAACACUAUGACCCAUAAAUUUAGUUAGUUUGUAAUUAAAUUACCUUUAUAACUUUUCUAUGUGAUUCAGAUUAACCCCAAAAUCUAGUAGCAAAUCACCAAUUGUAAGAAGUGCCUCUAAACAUGCAGUUCUAAUAAAAUAACUUACUAUCUGUUAGGUGCACAAAUACACCACUGUGACUUUGGUUUUAGAUCAGAUUUACUUUACUGUACUUUCAGGUAACUGUAAAUAUCCACAAGAACAUUCAGUAAAAAUGUGUGUUGAUCCACAUUUAUCCUGACAAACCAUUCUAGAUUAAACCAUUAUUAAUUUGCACGAAUAGUUAAUUGUGCAAUUGUGGUUUUUGUCCACUAGGCCUGAGUUAAUGUAAUCGAGAAAAGCCUGAUAAUUAUUGUUUGUAUGGUUUUGUCACAUGAAUAGGCACGUUUUUCUUCUGAUGGUAGCACAGGUGGUGAUCUGGUAACCCUUUCUAGCCUAAUUCUAGCUCUAGUCGACAUUCCAUUCAAAAAGUCAGAAGUACAGAAAAUGAAUUUGUCAAAACAAACUUUCUGCUUUCAUUUUGUCUUGCAUUACACUCCACAUGGAAUAAUGUUAUAAAAUGGUUGCUUGUUUUUUGACAACAUUCACUUCAUACGAGAGAUACCUACUUGAAUAUUUAUUUUGAAUAUCAUGCCUUUAACUUUUGCAUCUUUUCCUGGAUGUUAUACUUUUAAUUUUAAAAUUUGUUGUUCUUUAUUGUGAUUUUAUGGUAUAGGGUCUAAUAAUUGGUUAUUAAAAACUACUGAGUUUCUUCUGUGAUUAUUUUUCAUUUCUGAGUUUUGCAGCAGUUUUGCUCUUUUGU